AGAUGUUUCUCGAACUUUAAUUUCGCGAAGUCGAGGCGCCUUAUAAAAGCCGGCGCACCGCCUCCUGCCCCUGCAUUUGCUAAGGUGGUCGUGCUCCGGGAGCGGUUUCAAAGCGGCAGCGUCCCCAGGAAACUGAUCAAGAUGCCCGAGGAAACUCCGAUAGUUACCCAGGACGCCCCAAUGGAGGAGGAGACGGAGACCUUCGCCUUCCAGGCGGAAAUUGCUCAAUUGAUGUCCUUGAUCAUCAAUACAUUUUAUUCCAAUAAAGAGAUCUUUCUGAGGGAGCUCAUUUCCAACUCCUCUGACGCUCUUGACAAAAUUCGCUAUGAAAGUUUGACUGAUCCAAGCAAACUAGAUUCUGGUAAAGAACUGAAGAUUGACAUUGUACCAAAUGUAAAAGAGCGCACUUUGACUAUUCAAGACACUGGCAUUGGGAUGACCAAAGCUGACCUCAUCAACAACCUUGGGACCAUUGCUAAGUCUGGAACAAAGGCCUUUAUGGAGGCUUUACAGGCUGGUGCAGAUAUCUCGAUGAUUGGACAGUUUGGUGUUGGUUUUUAUUCUGCUUAUCUUGUAGCAGAAAAAGUGACUGUCAUCACCAAACACAAUGACGAUGAUCAAUAUGUAUGGGAAUCAUCUGCUGGAGGAUCUUUCACAGUACGAUUGGAUCACGGUGAAGAGAUUGGUCGUGGUACUAAGGUGAUCUUGCACUUGAAAGAAGAUCAAAUGGAAUAUGUAGAAGAAAAGAGGAUCAAAGAGAUCGUGAAGAAACACUCACAGUUCAUUGGCUACCCCAUCACCUUGUUUGUGGAGAAAGAGCGUGAUAAGGAGAUUAGUGAUGAUGAAGGAGAAGAGAAAGAAGAGAAGAAGGAGGAUGAUGCGUCAGAAGAAGACAAACCAAAAAUUGAGGAUGUUGGAUCAGAUGAGGAAGAAGAUGAAAAGAAGGAGGGUGACAAGAAGAAAAAGAAGAAAAUCAAGGAGAAAUACAUUGAUCAGGAGGAAUUGAACAAAACCAAACCAAUUUGGACAAGGAAUCCUGAAGAUAUUACAAAUGAAGAAUAUGGAGAAUUCUACAAGAGUCUUACUAAUGAUUGGGAGGAACAUUUGGCAGUGAAACAUUUCUCUGUUGAAGGUCAGCUGGAGUUCAGAGCACUGCUUUUUGCACCAAGAAGAGCACCGUUUGAUUUGUUUGAAAACAGGAAAAAGAAAAACAACAUUAAGUUGUAUGUACGCAGAGUCUUCAUUAUGGAUAAUUGUGAAGAGCUCAUUCCAGAGUAUCUGAAUUUUAUUAAGGGUGUUGUGGACUCAGAGGAUCUGCCUCUUAAUAUUUCCCGUGAGAUGUUGCAGCAGAGCAAAAUUCUAAAAGUUAUUCGUAAGAACCUGGUAAAGAAAUGUCUGGAGCUCUUCACAGAACUGUCAGAAGACAAAGAAAACUACAAGAAAUUGUAUGAGCAAUUUUCGAAAAACCUCAAGCUUGGAAUCCAUGAGGACUCUCAGAACCGCAAAAAGCUUUCUGAAUUGCUCCGAUACCAUACUUCAGUGAGUGGGGAUGAAAUGGUAUCGCUCAAAGAUUAUGUCUCACGUAUGAAAGACAAUCAGAAACAUAUCUACUACAUAACUGGAGAAACCAAGGACCAAGUAGCCAAUUCAGCUUUUGUGGAGCGUUUAAGGAAACAUGGAUUAGAAGUGAUCUACAUGACGGAGCCAAUUGAUGAAUACUGUGUGCAACAGCUAAAAGAAUUUGAUGGGAAAACUUUAGUGUCUGUAACAAAAGAAGGUUUGGAACUUCCAGAAGAUGAAGAGGAGAAAAAGAAGCAGGAAGAAAAGAAAGCAAAUUUUGAGAACCUGUGCAAGAUUAUGAAAGACAUACUGGAGAAAAAAAUUGAGAAAGUGACAGUUUCUAAUCGCUUAGUUGCCUCUCCAUGUUGCAUUGUAACCAGUACUUAUGGAUGGACUGCCAACAUGGAAAGAAUCAUGAAGGCACAGGCACUCAGAGACAACUCUACAAUGGGUUACAUGGCAGCUAAGAAGCACUUGGAGAUAAACCCUGACCAUCCAAUUGUUGAAACACUAAGACAGAAAGCAGAAGCUGACAAAAAUGACAAAUCAGUAAAGGAUCUGGUCAUUCUUCUUUUUGAGACUGCACUUCUCUCUUCUGGCUUUUCAUUGGAAGAUCCACAAACUCAUGCAAAUCGCAUCUACAGGAUGAUCAAACUAGGUCUUGGUAUUGAUGAGGAAGAUCCUGUCGUGGAUGAUGCAGGCCCAACAAGUACAGAAGAAAUGCCACCAUUGGAAGGUGAUGAUGAUGAUACUUCACGAAUGGAAGAAGUUGACUGAACAAAGAAUGCUAAUAUACUUGUUCUGAAGGGCUGUGGCAGUCAUGUUAAGAGACAAGUAGUCAACACAACUGUAAUAUUGUCUGAAGCAUGGGUCAGUUUUGUAAUCUGUUAAGUAAAUAUAAGUAAACAGGUUAGAUAACUUGAGCAUAUGUUGUGAAAUAAAAAUACUAAGAUUCAAUCCCA